AUGGAGAGUGGAAGGAUUGGUCUUCGGGUCUUGAUCAUGUUCUUGUUGAAUACUUCUCAUCUCUUUAUAAUGCUGAAGGCACUAAUUGUGACUCUGUGGUGGGAGCUAGUUACACCUGAAGAGAUUAAGCAAGCUCUCUUUCAAAUGCAUCUUGACAAGGCCCCAAGUCUUGAUGUUGUGGCAAAAGUUCUUGCAAACGGGAUGAGAGGCAUGAUCGAUCAUAUCAUCUCUUCCACCCAAGGUGCCUUUAUCCCAAGCAGACUCAUUUCUGAUAACAUUAUGGUUGCUUUUGAGAUUAUGCACUACCUAAAACAGAAAAGAAGAGGCAAAAAAGGUUUCAUGGCCUUGAAACUUGACAUGAUUGACAGAAUAAUACAAGGCUGUCGUGUGGCUAAUGGGGCUCCUUCUAUUGCACAUAAGUUAUUUGCUGAUGAUAGUUAUCUCUUCUAUCAAGCCGCAUAUGGUGCUGCUGUGAGUAUGAACAUGCUUCUCCAUUCGUUCGAGCUUACUUCUGGACAACGAGUUAAUGCUACCAAGUCUUCAGUUUUUUUUUUCAGUCCCAAUACUGAGAUUGCGGCCAAAGAUCAAAUUUGCUCAACUCUUGGAAUGCCUGAAGCUACUGAUGGCUCUUUCUAUUUGGGGUUACCAAAUAUUAUUGGAAGGAAAAAAACUGUUAUCCUUGGGUUUCUUAAGAACAAGAUCAUUAACUGGAUAAAUAGUUGGGAUGACAAAUUUCUUUCUCGUGCUGGUAAAGAAAUUUUGCUCAAAACUGUCAUCCAAUCCCUUCCAACUUAUGCUAUGAGUGUGUUCCUCAUUCCGUUGGGCAUUUGCCAAGAUCUUGAGAAAAUUAUGGCAAAUUUCUGGUGGAAAAUAAAAAGCUCCAAUGGCCAAGGAAUCAUAUGGAUGUCUUGGGAUCGUAUGGCUGCUCCCAAGUAUUUUGGGGGUAUGGGCUUUCGUCAUCUCCAUGAUUUCAACAUUGCUAUGUUGGCUAACCAAGGUUGGAGACUUUUAUGUUCAUCAUCUUCUCUUGCUAGCCAGGUCUAUAAAGCAAAGUACUACUCUCGAACCGAUUUCCUUAAUGCUGAAUUGGGUAAUAAUCCUAGCUUUAAGCUGAGAUGUCUCUCUUUCAAGGACAUCUUUAAUAUUCGGGAUGCAUCUUUAAUCCUUGGAAUUCCCCUUAGUCCAGCUGCUGUUGAAGAUUGUUGGUCGUGGACUGGUGAAAGAACAGGCUACUACUCAGUUAAAUUUGCCUAUUCCAUGAUGCAACUUCAGAGACACACACAACCUGGUGAGAAUAACUCUGGGUUCUGGUACAAACUUUGGCAUCUUAAGAUACCACCUAAAGUGAAGAACUUCAUGUGGAGAGCAGUUGAUGGUGCAUUAUUUGAGAAGGAAAAUGCCUAUGGGUUCGGUGUUGUUGCUCGUGAUUCGAACGGUAAAGUUAUUGACUUUGUUGCCAAAUAUUACCACGGGUCAUACACAGCUGAGAUCGUUGAAGCUUUAAGGGUAAAGGAGGCUCUUAGCUGGUUAAAGGGCAAAGGCUGGAACACAGUCGAGGUGGAAACUGAUAGUUUUCUCAUUGUUCAAGCAAUCUUUAGCAAGCAACAAAUGUCUUCUGUGUUUAGUUUGAUUACUAACGAUUGCCAUUUGUAUUCUGAAUGA